AGAUUUGUUGAAGUUACUGAGUGGUCGGACAAACCCUCAGUCAAGGUGGCUGUGACUGUUGAUGCUCCCUCUGUUCUCAAAUUGGUGAUGGAACGGCUUACAGAUUCAUAGAUUAUGCAGAGACUGGAUUCAUUGAUGUUAACUGCUUCUGAUCGUAGUUGUCAAAAUCAAGUCAUACUUGGCCACCACCGAUGGUUGGAGUUUCUGCAUAAUAUCGAUUCAGAAAUAAUAUGCUUCUACAUGGUUGGGCACAUGGUGGUUGUCUAUUAUUAUGUUUGGCUUCUGUUUGGAAAAUUUGCCAGUCUUACUGCAUCCUUGAAUGAAAUUAUUGUAUUUCACUACUUUGUAAUAAAGAUGAUUGUGUCUUCAAAAACGUUUGCUUAAUAAACUUGUGGGGCUUCUUUUUUUUUU